CAUCCCGUUACUGUUGUUUUGGUGUGCUGCCUGUCGCUGUGACGCUGCCUAUUCGAUUCGCGAGUUUUCCUUCCAGAACAGUUGACUGUCCACCGCUCAGAGGCUGUUGUCUACAUCGUCCGACCAGCCAAAGACAUGGAUUUCAACUUCUCCGUGAAUGACGUUUUGCCGGUCAGGUUCACCUGCAUCGAUGGAUCAAUGUUGCCGGACACUUUCCACUCUGCAGAUCGCCAGGAGGUCGCGGAGUGCCAGCACAAGGUGGCCGUCAUUUUGGACAAAAUCGGCGAGUCGUCCGGAAUCGCCCAGGGCUUGCAGUCACCGGUCACCAGUGCCGAUAGGCUGAGGAAUUCGGACCACAAGGUCUAUUUGCUGACCAAUUCUGAAGGAGCAGGUGGCCUAGGAACUGUGGUUGGUCUACUCAAGAUUGGCCGCAAAAAGUUGUACAUUUUUGAUGCGGCUGGAAAGCACCAUGAACUCACUCCCAUCUGCGUUCUUGACUUUUACGUCCAUGAGAGCAUGCAACGUGCUGGAUGUGGCAGAAUGUUGUUUGAACACAUGCUGCAGGAAGAGCACAUCGCUCCCGAGUUUUUGGCACUUGACAGGCCAUCAGAGAAGCUAAUGGGCUUCUUGAAGAAACACUACAACCUGGAGCGUAUCAUUCCCCAAAGCAACAACUUUGUAGUCUACGAUAGAUUUUUCAGUGUGGACCCCGAGCUGCUGCCUGGUUACAAGUCCAACAUCAAGAUUGAUUACAGGAGAGCAGCUGGCAAAGGCUCAUUUUCUGUUGCUCGAGCUAGUGGCAGGGCGUUCGUGAACAGACCUGCUGCAUCAAUGGAUAAGAUUUCAAUGGAACCUAAGAUUAUUCUGGAACGUAACAAUGAUAGUCACUCAAAUGGGCACAGCGACUUUAGCCCUCGUCGCACUGAGAGCCCCGUCAACAGUUGUGCUAAUUCCAUCAUAGAUGAAGAGGUUCAUGAUGCACCUGCCCAUGGAGAAAGAAAACUGCAACAUCGUUUUUGGUAGAUGCAACAGAAAAAUCACUCUCUCUUACUACUUGAUAACCCUAUUUCAUUCCUUAAUCGGCCGAGAUUAUAAUUUUGCUUUUUAUCUGUUAUGUAAGUCGUCAGCCUAAUUGACAAACAACUUGAUGUGAUUCAAUUUUUCCUAAAGGGAUAAUUGUAUUUCCUGAGAGCUCAAAAAGCACCGAUCAAUUGAUUCGAAUGAUCCAAAGCCUGCAUUUAAUUCAAAGUGUAAAACUUGGUCACUGUUCAAAAAUUGUAAUUUUUUAAACAAUUAAAACUCAGUCGGCAGCUGAAUUUUCAUAGUUCAAUUAAUUAAUUUAUUUGACUGUGUUAAGUUUUAACUUUGUAAAUUCUAUAAUAUUUAUUAACUUUUUUUACCUUGUAACAUACAUAUUUCAAAAUGCAGAGAGCUUAUUAUAUACUUGCCCUGUUUUAACUUACCAAAAUAAGAGUUCGAUUUUUUAAAACCUUGGCGCAAUUUCAUGUAAAAAAAAUGGUAAAAAAAUUUGUGCUUGGAUCUGUGUUAGCUGUUUUAAUAUAACAGCAUUCAAUAAGAUAAGUAAUUGUUAAAAUAAGACAAUUUAUUUUGCGUGAAUAAGAUUAUGCUACUUGAAUUAUCCUUAAUAGAACACCAGCACGAAUAUAAUUAGGAAAUUUACACUGAGAUGUCCAUAGCCCAGCUUGGAAGAAUCCACACGAAAAUUUAUGUUCAAUCUCUCACAAGUAAAUAAUAAAACAAUAAAAUGUUUCAUUUGGAACACAAAAUUCUAUAA